AUGAUUGUACGGAAACUAUGUGUGGGGCAGAGCCGCCAACUACUGGCCCUGAAUCGCCGGGCUCCGGCCUACACCCGUUUCCUCUCCACAGAGACACCAGUGGACACAGCAGCGCCAACACUCCCGAAGGAGUCGAUUGCUCCCGCGGAGAACCCUCUCCACGAAGUCGUGCAGGCGUCGAGGCAGAGUGCACAAGUCAACCCCCGGCAGCAAUGGGGUGAACUGGAGAAGCGGAGACACAAAUUCAACAAUCUCGGCACCUCGGUGCAAGAAUCCUACGACCCCGAAGACAUAAUCCGCAACCCUCCCAAGCCCUCCGAUGUCACCCUCGAGAUGCUCCUCGCCGCCGGCACACACCUGGGCCACUCGACGUCGCGGUGGAACCCGCAGAACUCGCGAUACAUCUUCGGCAUCCGCGAGGGCGUGCACAUCAUCUCUCUCGAUGUAACAGCCGCCUACCUUCGUCGCGCCGCAAAAGUGGUCGAAGAAGUCGCCGCCCGGGGCGGCAUCAUCCUGUUCGCCGGCACGCGCAAGGGCCAGAAGCGGGCCGUUGUGCGGGCUGCCGAGCUGGCGAAGGGCUACCACAUUUUCGAGCGGUGGAUCCCCGGCUCGCUGACGAACGGACAGCAGAUUCUCGGUCACUGCGCGACGAAGGUCGUCAACGCGAUGGACCAGGAGCUGCCCGAGUUCCAGGCCGACCUGGCUGAUCGAGGCUCGGUUAAGCCUGAUCUAGUUGUUGUGCUGAAUCCGCUGGAGAAUGUAGUGCUGCUGCAUGAGUGCGGGCUGAACAAUGUGCCCACCAUUGGCAUUGUUGAUACCGACGCUGACCCGACCCGGGUGACGUACCCCAUUCCCGCGAACGAUGACACCCUCCGCGGGACGUGUUUGAUUGCCGGUAUCCUUGGCCGUGCUGGCGAGGCGGGUCAGAAGAGACGGUUGGAGAUGGCCGCCCAGGGGAAGACGGCGUAUGAGCCUAUCACAGCGCGCCAGCUGCGUCUGGAUCCGCUUACCGGGCAGGCGCCGCCUGGCUCGGAGCUGGAGAAGGGGAAGCAGGGCUAA